AUAGCUGAACACUGCCAGAAAUUAUUUAAUAAAAUAAAAAUAAAAAUAGCCUUUAUUCACCGAUGUACAGUUCUACUUUACAUAGGUUUAUUAUAUGUAUUACUUAUUCUAAUCGGGCUGUCCUGAGACAUAGGCCUCCUCCAUCAAGCGCCAAUCUGCUCUACUUCGUGUGUAUCGUCUCCACCCCUUAGGUAGGUCAUCCUCCCAUCUUUUGAUUGGCCUCCCUCUUCGCCUUUUGCCGUCUCUGGGGUACCAUUCCGUGAUGUCUUUUGUCCAUUUGUUAGUUUUAGACCUCAUCAUGUGUCCGGUCCACCGCCACUUCAAUCUUCUCGCUGUUUUGGUUACGUCUGCGACUUUUGUAAUCCCCCUUAUUUUCGACAUGGUCCACCUGUCUCGCAGUCUCAAGCUCAGCAUACUCCUUUCCAUCCCAUUCUGGCAGACCUUUAGCUUGCUUUAGAAAUUAUUUAAUCUCCAAUAAAUGUAGGCCAUUAAAAGAAGACAAGUAAAGUAUUAAAACAAGUAACGCCAAACGUGGCUGUAGCUAUUAAAAGUCUUUGCUUGUUCAUCAAUAAAAGUAGUAAACUGUCAAAAAUUGGCGGGAAUGGCAUAUUUAUUUACGUCAAAAUGUACCUAAGCGAAUAUGCAUAGAAAGUGAAACUAGAACAAUUAUUUAGUUAUAUAUUUAAAGUCCCUUACUUUUUUUGAUUAGUGUUAUGUUACUACUUUGUUUUCGAUUAACGAUCUAAUGGAUUUGAAAAAGAUAUUACCUUCCAAAAUAUUUGAAGUAAUAGAUAAAGCCGGUCUUUCAACAGCGAAACAAAUUAUGAUUCUGUCGGUUUGGGACAUUAAAAAAUUGACGAAUCUUCGUACCGAUGAUAUACUACUGUUGAAGAACCAAGUCGCUAAUCAUGUGUCUCCAGAAAGUAUUACAAGCGAUGAGCUUUUAACACGUCAAGAGAAGGCCAUAACUACUGGAUGUGUGGAAAUUGAUAAACAAUUACAAAAUGGUUUCAGAGUCGGAACUAUAACUGAAAUUUACGGAGAAAGUGGUUCCGGGAAAACACAAAUAGCCCUACAAGCUGCAGCCCAUAAUUGGUCCACGGGAACUGUAUUUAUUUGUACUGAAGAUACAUUUCCAGUUAAAAGAUUUGAGCAAAUAAAACAAAGCAUUAAAGAUUAUAAUCGUGAGGAGGAUUAUGGAAAGAAUAUAUUUGUAGAGCACAUCACUGAGGCAUGUGAUCUGUUGUCAUGUAUAAGAGUGCGUUUACCAAAACUCUUAGAAAAACACAAACUUUCCCUCGUAAUAAUAGAUUCAAUAGCAGCCCCAUUUAGAUCAGAAUAUACAAAUUACAUACAAAGAGCUGAAGAACUAAGGGAAUUGGCUCUCUCAUUGAUUAAAAUAGCUCAGGAACAUAACCUGGCUGUACUGUGCAUCAAUCAAGUCACUGCUUCAUUUGAUGGACCUGAAGUCUUGCCGUCUUUAGGCUUAGCUUGGUCUAACAUGAUCUCCACAAGGUUAUGGUUAAGGAAGACAAACAGAAUUAUAAGCUUCAAUAAAAUGCCUACAACUACUAUGAAAACUGCAAGCAUUGAAGAAAACAUAUUUGUUAGAGAAUUAUCGGUUAUUUUUGCACCUAACCUACCAAAUUCUGUGAUUAAAUUAAUAAUAACGCCAACUGGUAUUCAGAGUAUGUUAUAAAUAGUUAUGUAAUAUAACUAUAAAAACAUUUUUUAUAUUUUAUUAAUUGUAGACCACAUGAAAAGUUUUAUCAUAGUCCGAUUAUAGCUUACGGUUUGAUACUGAUAUAAUCCUAAACAGCUAUAAGCCAAACCUGAAAAUAAAAGAAUCAGCUGAGUUUGACAUCUGUCAAAAUGUUUCUAAGUAAAACCUACUCUAUGCAGUUCUUUUAAGGAUUCUUUUCAUUUUUACCUAGUGCAAUGAAUCAUUGCUUCUUGUUCUUGUUCAAUUUAAUUUUACUGAUUAAAAUAAAAAAUAUCUAUUAAAAGUA